AUGGAUGAGGAAAAAACGGCCGUGGUGUCGGCAGUGAACACUGUCAGCUUAGCCUACUUUAAAGCGGACCCCGCUUUAUUUUUCGCACAGUUAGAGUCGGAGUGCGAACUGAGAGGAAUUACCUCUCAGAAAACAAAAUUUAAUUUAGCGGUCUCCAAGUUGCCUCUCGAAGCUGUCCAGGAGCAUUUGCCCUCUGCGUAUCACGCUGUUUUAGCCGCAGUGGGUGAAGAUGCACCUGUCGAAAAGCUGGCUGAAAUAGCAGAUAAUGUAGCUGACCUAACUUCGGGAUGCACUGCUCCCGUUUCUGCCGUACAGACGCAAGAACCAGAUCCGCUGGCUAAACUUUUGGAGGGACAACGAAGGUUAGAGGCUAGGAUGGAAGACUUAGAGAGACGGUUGCAGAAGGUUAGCAUUCACCGCUCCCAAAGUAGAGGUCGUGCCGUGAACAAGUCGCUCAUCCAGACUUAUGGUCAGAGGUGCCUUACAUUGAAUUUGGGUCUGAGACGGGUUUUCACCCAUUUCUUUGUCCUUGUGGAUGUAGAGAAGGCCAUAUUGAGUGCAGAUUUUUUACACAAAUUUGGUCUUCUCAUUGAUGUUCACAGACGUUGUCUGACAGACCCUAAGACAAAUACUCAUUCGCCGGGAGCCAUUCAUAAUGUAAUUCCAUCAUGUCCUACUGUGGCUAACACAGAAGAUAAUCCUAUGUUCUGUGAGCUCCUAAAAAAGUUCGAGAGCAUUACCAAACCAGCUUUUCGCAAAGAUAGGUUACCCCACAAUAUAACACACCACAUUGCUACUAGCGGUCCUCCUGUUCACAGCCGUCCUCGUCGUCUGGCACCGGAAAAAUUGAGUGUGGCGAAAGCGGAAUUUACCCAAAUGAUGGAACUUGGUAUUAUCCGGCCAUCAAAGAGUAACUGGGCAUCUCCUUUGCACCUGGUACCCAAAAGUGGUGGUACCUGGCGCGCUUGUGGUGAUUAUAGGGCACUCAACUCUGCCACUAAACCUAACCAUUAUCCCAUUCCUCAUAUACAUGAUGUAACGGCCAUCAUUCAGGAUAGCUAUCCAUUUCUCCACCGUACCUCCUCAUCGUGCAUAUCUAUCUAUCUAUCUAUCUAUCUAUCUAUCUAUCUAUAG